AUGUCGCCGGCAUCCUUUCGACGUUCCGAAGACAGCGGCCAUUACAGUAGUCGCUACGACUACAACGAUCGCAGGGAUGGCGAAAGAGACCGUCUAGGUCGUGAUUCUCGAUAUUACCGUCGCUCCCGAUCACGAUCCCGUUCGGGGUCUCGGUCAUCACGAUCCAUGUCGCUAUCCCGCUCAAGUUCGCCAGGCAGGCGGACCAGAGAGAGAAAAAGAGACAGAAGCUGGGAUAGGGACCGGGACCGGGGAAGGGAAAGAGACAGGGACAGAGACAGGAUGAAGGAUCUGGACCGCGACCAUCCGAGAACCCAAACGGACUUGUUCAAGCCACCGCCGUCCACCGCUUCACGAGCUACCAUCCCUCCUCCUCGUGGCCCGCCCACAAGAACGUUUUCCUCGCCAGUCAUGAGCAAGUCGGGCAUUUCAAUAGAUACCCGAUCCAACCGUGGAUCAGAACAAUCACCAUGGAAACCCCCAGCGCCAUCGACGACACCAGCACCUUCAGCACCACCGACCCCUCGAUCCGCGAACAACACAACAGCAACGGUCAAGAUCACCGCAUCUUUACGACAACUGACUCGGCGAAGUAACGAACAAGGUGCAAUUCAAUUGCGGAAAGAUGUAGUUGAGGCGCGUGCCAAAGCUCGGGACAAAGACCAUGUCCAAUCGCACGGCAAAUAUGCCGAAUUUCCCUCCUUGAAAGACUACCAUCGAAAGCUUGAGAAGAAAGACGCCGACGACCUAGAUAGUUUGGGAAAGGAGAUGAAGGAUGCGGACCAACAGUGGCAGACUGCGGCAGAGGCAUUUGCUGCUACUCUGCUUCAAGCUUUUACUGAGCUGCAGCAGAAAGACAAAGAUCGUCGCCUCGUUGCUCCUAGUGCUCCGGACGGACUCGAGGCACGGCUCACGUCACGCCUCGAUGCGCUUGAGAACCAACAUAAAGAAGCAUCUGCGAAGCAGCAGAAACAGAUGGAGGAACUUCGUGAAAAUCUCUCGGUUGAGAGUGCCAAGCGAAAGGCUCUUGGCGUCGAGAACGAGACGCUGAAGAAGAAGGUUCAAGAGCUCCAGGGCCAUUACCAGUCUCUGAGUUCCAGGGCCGAUGAUCAUGACACGUCCAUUAAGCAGCUGCAAGAGCCAAAGCCAGAUGUCGUACCGCCUCGUGCACCUCCAAAAGAGAAUGGCACAACAUCGGAGGACUUGGAGGCAAUCAAGACGCUCAUCGCCCAGCACGAAGACCUACUAAGCUUCCUGAAGCUUCAAGUAUCGGAGCACGACAACAAGCUCGGUGAGAUGGAUAUCGACCUCAUCAGCGACAGUUGUGGUGCUAUUGCGACAACGCUGCCGAGACUGGAACAGAAUUUCAAGCAGGCUGCCGACGAUGUGAUUACGCUUCAGUCAAAACAUAUGAUGCUCGAAGUGGAUGCAGAAGUCAUUCGAUCUAGUGUCCAGCAGUUGCGGUCUGACACGCAGCGAGACAUUCAGCAGCAACGUUCCGAUAUCGAUAAGAUCCAGGCAGGCACUGAGCAGCUCGGAUCCGCGACUGCCCAACUGAGGUCCGGAGUAGAGUCCCUCAGAACUCAAAUGAAGUCGGAAACAGAAUGCUUUAAGAAAGACGCUCUCGAAAUCAAGUCUGACACUGAGCGCCUGAAGACAGAAGCCCAGCAGCUCAGAUCCGACACGGACCACGUCAAGAAAGAUGUUCAGAAAUUUGAAUCUGUCGUUGAACACAUCAAGACAGAGGCUCAGCAAUUAAAGUCGGAAAUGACGCAGCUGCAGUCGGGCGUGGAGAAACUUGCUUCGGAUAUACCACGCCCACCCGACGGCGACAAGUUCCUGGCGGUCGGAACCUUUACAGCGAUGAACUCCACUGUUUUCAAGACAUUUAGUACUUGGAUCGAGGACUUCAAGAAGCGAGUCGACGUCGUAGAGCGCCAAAUGCUACCGCUGCGGACGGACGCGGUUGCCUGGACUCAAGUAAAGACGCUCGAGAAAGGAUCAGACCAGAAGUCGAGUCGUAGUACAGAAACCAGCCGCCUGUCGACCCCAACUAAUGACUUGAAGGUCGAUCAGUACGAAGGCAAGUUGAAGGACUACGAAACACGGAUCAAGGUGCUCGAGGCUGUCUCGAGGCAGAGUCCGCGUCGUUUGGAACACGAUACUUCAGAGCCAACCAAGACUGCGGAUACACCGACCAAAAGGCGCGCAGCCGAUAAUUCAGCUUCAACCAAGCUCACAAUCGACGCAUUGAAGGAGCAGUUGUCGAUGGUCGAUCAGAGCAUCAAGGCAAUCUCUGAGUCAACAAAGUUAACAAGCGAAAGCCAGACCAGGGACUCUCACAGAAUUCAGGUACUAGAAAGCCAGGCAUACGAUUUCCGGGCGGAUCACCAGCGCUUGAGCGAGUUUGAGCAACGAUUCGCGACGACAGAGGAGAAGGUGAAGGCUUCCGAGGACAGGAUGGACUUUCUGCAACACAACAUGAUGAAUGUGGACGCGCAAAUUAACAACUUGACGACGGAGGCCCUUUACCAGGCUAUUCUGCAGCACAUUGACAGAUACCAUCCUACGGAAGCCGCAGUUGGACCCAAGAUAGAUCAGAUGGCCAGGCAGGUGGCAGCCUAUGAGCAGAGACUGCUCCUCUUGGAGAGGCAGAUAACGUUGAACGAUGAGCCUGCGAAUAAGAAACGGAGACUGAGCUCUCAGUACGGGCCGCUGGCCGUGACCAAUGGAAGACACUGA